UGCAUCCUAUCUUCACAAUGCGGAAGAAGACUUGACCCCAAAUUUUAGUCCCAAGUCUUCGUAAACAAAUGUCCAGUGUCAGCUUGUCAGCAUAGUUGGCUGAUGGAUGAUCGAUCGGUCUGAGUGAUCCCCUUUAAGAGAAUUCUCAGUCGAUGUGGGAGUCCAGCACUGCUACUUCUGCUAGCAUAUCACCCACAAGAAAACAUCGACCAUUGAAGUGAGACAGAGAGUCAUGGCAGACCUGGUUGUCGGGUUGGCCAAGUCAGUGGUGGAGGGGGCAUUGACCAAGGCCCAGGCGGCCAUCGAAGAAGAGGCCAAGCUUCGGCAGAGCGCGCAGCGCAACCUUGUGUUCAUCACCGACGAGUUUGAAAUGAUGCACUCAUUUCUCAAGGUGGCCGACGAGGAGCGCCUAGAGAACAAGGUGGUGAUGACGUGGGUGAGGCAGAUCCGCGAGCUGGCGUACGACGUCGAGGACUGCAUCGAGCUCGUCAUCCACCUCGACAUGAAGAACAGGUGGUGGUGGCGCGUCGUCCCGUCCUGGUGCAUGGCGCUGCCGCUCCCGCUGGACGAGGCGGCCGGCGAGAUCGAGCAGCUCAAGGCCAGGGUGGAGGACGUGAGCACUAGGAACACACGCUACAGCCUCAUCAGCGACACCGGCUCCAAACCCGUCAUCCUGCAGCAGGAGACAGCGGCAUCAGGCGCCGCUAUCGUGGCUGCGACCACCGCCGACAUGCUCGCCGAGGCAAGGGGCGCCACCAAGAGGCACCAAGGAUUCAGCGACCUCACCCGGCUGAUCACCAAGAAGAGGCAGGACCACAACAAUGGCCUUCAAGUCAUCUCGGUUUGGGGUGCGGCCGGCGACCAUGGGACGACAUCCAUCAUCAGGAAGACCUACAACCACACAGAGAUAUGUCAAGAUUUCUCCUUCCGCUCCUGGGUGAAAAUCGUGCAUCCUUUCAAUCCCCACCAAUUCAUGCGCAACAUGAUGUCUCAGUUCCAUGCAACAUCUUGCAUGGAACAGAGAGCGACCAUAGGCAGGGAUGUCUUUGAGAAGAUGGAGGCCACUCAAAAAGAUCUCUUAAGUGAGUUUGAGGAGCUAUUCAAGGAGAAGAGGUACCUCAUCGUCUUGGAAGGCCUGUCACACAUGGUAGAUUGGGAUGCUAUUAGGGCAUUCCUUCCUGACACCAUGAAUGGCAGCUGGAUUAUCGUGUCCACGCAGCAAUCCGAGAUAGCAACCUUGUGCAUCGGACACUCAUACCAGGUGGUGGAGCUUCGGAAAUUCUCGGAGGAGCACUCUGUUUGUGCCAUCCACAAGGCUUCUCAAGGUGAUGCGGAUGAAGACAAGAACUCAAUGGGCUCAGAUGGCGGUGAUGAUAAAGGCAAAGAACCAAUGGCUUCUCACGAGAACAAAAUUAGAGAGAAUAAAAUCAUGUCACUUAAAGCGGAAGCAAAUGAAUGGAACAAGAAGAAUGGUGGCCUUGUUGGACGUGAUUCACGAAUGACUGAACUUGUUGAAUGUCUAGCUCAGGCACGUGUCAACUCUCUCCCAGUUAUGUCCGUGUGGGGGAUAGCUCAAGUUGGGAAAUCAGCACUUGUCAAAAAAUUGUUCUAUGACACAGUGCUUCAGCUUCAGGAUGGCAAAUCCAAAUAUGAGGAUUAUUAUUGGGUUGAUGUAUCCCAUCCAUUUAAUAUGAGAGACCUGUAUCUGACAUUACUUUCAGAUUUUCAUUCGGAGAAAGACCCAACUGAAGAGUGUCACCGUCUUCUGAAAAAAGAUUGGUGCCUCAUUGUUAUCGAUGAUCUCCGGUCCACAAAGGAUUGGGACACGAUACAAGCUGCCUUGGUAUCCAAACAUUUAAAGAGCGUUGUCAUCGUCAUCACAACUGAUCCAACCAUUGCUGAAUAUUGCACAAAUAAAGAAGAGCUCGUGUUCAAUGUCAAGGCUCUAGAAGCUACUCAUGCCUUGGAUCUCUUCAAAAAGAAGGUACAUAAGAAGGAUUCACCAUACCCUUUAAAGGAGCAUGAGAAGGAUGUAAAAGACCUUAUUUCAAAGUGUGGCGGUCUUCCCAAAGUAAUAUCUGCUAUAGCUGGGUUACUGGCCAUGAAGACUAGCAGAAGGAUAGAAAUUAUUAAUUCUUUGAAUGAAAAAUUUAUGCACCGUCUGGAGACUGAUCUGGAUUAUGACAAUCUACAAGAUCUAUUUGGCUGGAUGCAUUCUUACUUCCGUACUUGUCCCGAUGCACUCAAGCCCUGUAUCUUCUACCUGUCGAUUUUUCCUCAAGAUAAAACCAUCCGUCGGAGGCGACUAGUAAGGCGGUGGAUUGCGGAGGGCUACUCCAGGGACAGCGAAAAUGAAUCAGCAGAGGAAAAUGGGGAGAAACACUUCUCCAAGUUGCUUGAACUGAGCAUAAUCCAGCAGAUAUCGUCACAGUCUUUGUCAUCAUCAUCAUCAGUCAACAACUGUUCUUUCAGUGUGGACAAAGUUAGGAUGGUUAUGUGCCAGGUGAAUGGCUUCAUUCGGGAGUACGUUGUGUCACGGCGCAUGGAAGAGAACCUUGUGUUCGAACUGGGUGGAAAAUGUGCACUAACCACCCAACGCAACGGGCGUCACCUUGUCAUAUUGGUAACAUGGAAAAGAGAUAAAAUUGUGUUCGCAAGUAUGGACUUCUCUCGGCUACGGUCACUAACAGUGUUUGGAGGGUGGGAAUCAUUCUUCAUCUCUCAAAGUAUGAAGAUGCUUCGGGUGCUUGAUCUAGAGAAUGCAGAGCCUUUAAAGGGUGGUGAUCUUGAAAAUAUACUAGAGUGGUUGCGUCGCCUCAAGUUCCUCUCAUUGCGAGGGCACAAUGAGAUCAACCAUCUACCAGGUUCAUUGCAUCACCUGAGGCAGCUCCAAACACUUGAUGUGAGGGACACCUCAAUAACUACCCUUCCAAAGAAGAUCACCAAGUUACAGAAACUUCAGUACAUUCGUGCCGGCACCCGUACCAUGAACUUAAAACCACCAGUUUCAUCCAGCAGAUGCAACCAGUUGUCUCAAUUCUGCAGAUGUCAUCCUCCUACAAUCAGUGUUCAGGUGCCUACAAAGAUGGGCAAACUGACUGCGUUGCAUACACUUGGUGUUGUCAACAUCACUGCUUCAGGCACAAAGAAAACCAUGAAAGAGCUCAAGAAGCUCACCCAGUUGCGCAAGCUCGGGGUGUUUGGCAUCAACGGGAAGAACAGCGGCAAUUUUUUCUCUGCAAUCGAAGAGCAUGCCCAUCUGGAGUCCUUGUCAGUUUCACUCAACAAGGACACCACACAAGGUUGUAGCUUCAUCAGAAAGGACAAGAACAGUCAACGAUGCUUGGAUGACAUGAUCUUCUUGCCUUGUACAAACCUUCGGAGCCUUAAACUGUACGGACUUGAAGAUAAGUUGCCGAAAUGGGAGGAGCCUGUAAAGUUUGGAAACCUCACAAAGCUGGUGCUGGAGAUGGACUAUUUAACAGGAGAUGUCAUAAGGUUCGUUGGCAGUCUUCCAGAACUGUGCAUUCUUCGUGUCAAGCAGCAUAAAGUUGUUGGCCUUAAUUUCUGUGUCAUGGUGAAUGGAUUCGAGGAUGACUCCUUUAAGAAGGUUAAGAUCCUCGAGGUUUCCUGCUCGAGCAGCUUAUGUGUAACUUUUGGAUCAUGGACGAUGAAAAAACUUGAGCUGCUCAUGGUUGACUGCAACGACGGGUCACUGUCUUAUGAGUUCCGUGAGCUGAAAAACCUAGAAGAACUUAAGGAAGUCGUGCUAGUUAACGGAUCUAACGCCCAAGCACUGAAGCAACAACUCGAGCAGCAGCUUGCCGAAGAGCACCCAAAAGAAAAGAAACCUGUCGUGAAGCUGGAGAAACCAUCAACUUCGUCCUGAAGUGUGAUUUGUGAUUAAUAUUAGCAGUUUAUUCCCCUUUGUAUUUUUACCAUACUAGCUCGAUAUCCACUACGUCUUGAUUUGUUUCUGUAAUAUACUUUAGAGGCCUACAAAAACAUCUUAAAUUUUGGUACGAAGAUAGUACUUUUCCUCUACAUUGGCAUCAUUAUUGUGAUAUAUAUGUGGUUAGCUGA